CUCGUCAUCACGCCCCUCUCAUCGCCAUUCCCGAUUCUCAAGUGCGCAGGCAGCUGCUUUCACGUGUCCAGCCCCUUAGCUCGAUCCAACCUGUUGCUACAAGAAACUACAACCACCGCUACUGUCUUCUAGGAGUAGAACAGCUCGCCAUCGAUCCCAUGGAAGAGACCUAGCUUUUUCUGAGCUUCCUCGUGUUCUACAGAUGUAGCUGGCUUCUUGGCAGGUGAGACCCUGCGGAGGCAUGGCAUUGGAGGCCGUGGUGGUGUCCCAGCAGCAAGGUAGCCGCUUUGGGUGUGGCGCCAUGGCAGGAGCAGCAGGAGGGGCUUGGAAUGGCCCGUUUGGCGGAGUCGAAGGGGUCAUGGAGCUGGGUGGCGGCUGCUGGGACGCGGGUGUCGCGUGCUCGUCGACGAUGCUGCUGCAUGGGUUCCAGGAGCUGGAUCACAUCCCGGCCGCGGGCGCACUGCCAAUGGAACCCGUAGGGAGUGCCGGCGGCGUUGGUCAAGAGGCCCCAGCAGCGGCGGUGAGGGUGACGGCGACGGCGCCGGCCGGGCGGAGGAAGCGGCGGCGGACGAGGGUUGUCAAGAACAGGGAGGAGGUGGAGAGCCAGCGGAUGACCCACAUUGCUGUCGAGCGCAACCGUCGCAAGCAAAUGAACGAAUACCUCGCCGUGCUCCGCUCCCUCAUGCCGCCCGCCUACGCUCAACGGGGCGAUCAGGCGUCCAUCGUCGGAGGGGCGAUCAACUUCGUCAAGGAGCUGGAGCAGCUGAUCCAGUGCCUAGAAGCGCAGAAGCAGUCCAGGCAGCGCCCGGCAGACGGCAGCGGCGACGCGUCCCCGUUCGCCGACUUCUUCACCUUCCCGCAGUACUCGAUGAGCGCCGCAGCGGCGCCGCCAGUUGCUCCCGCCGACGCUACCAACCGCGAUGGAGCCGAGGUCGAGGCCGAGGCGUCCGGGUCGAAGCCGUCGGCGGUGGCCGACGUCGAGGUGACCAUGGUGGAGAGCCACGCCAACCUGCGGGUGCUGUCCCGGCGGCGGCAGAGGCAGCUGCUGCGGCUGGUGGUGGGGCUGCAGGGCCACCGGCUCACCGUGCUCCACCUCAACAUGACCAGCGCCGGCCACAUGGUGCUCUACUCGUUUAGCCUCAAGGUCGAGGAUGAUUGCCAACUUACCUCUGUGGAUGAGAUUGCAACCGCGGCUCAUCAGAUCGUCGAGAAGAUCCAAGAAGAACAGGGUUGUAGCAGCUUAGACUAGCAUGCGUGUGUGCAGCUUUUUAGCUCUUCUAGCAAGUGAAAUGAAGUUUAGUGAUUCCCUUUGUGCAAAUCAAUAAUGUAGUUAUCAGGUUAAGCUAGUGUUGAAUCAUUUCAAUGCAUAACUUAUCUUUGUUCAUAGCAUGUCCAUGGCUAGGUAUGUAACUUGAAAGGUCUUCAAAUUAUGAAGGCUCCAACUAGAGAACAAUUCCAUGGUGUGGUGGAGACGACAUAUGACAUUCCUUGUGGGUGCUACCAUGUUCACCGCAGGAUCUGACACAAUUUGACAGGUGCUGCUUCACACCUCCGGGGGAAUUCUGUAUUUCUGUUCCCCUUGUGAAGCACCAUCCCCUGCCAAACACCAAAAGAUUUCCAACUUCCGUGCACAUGGCUUGCAAAUUCCUUUCUUGAAUUUCAAUUCUGCUCCAU